UAAUAGAAGCACGUUAAUUGAUGUAUGAACUUUUAUUAUUUUAAUAUUUUUACAUUUUUCAAGGAUAAACGUUCGUCUGAAGGGAGAGAUGGCCGCUGCAGUAGCUGACAGGGAUGAAGAGUGGGGCACAGACGUGGACAGGGAGUGGGGGGCAGACAUGGAUGAAGACUCUGGGACAGUGAGUUGUCUUCAGGGUGAGGAUGAGUUCAAGGCAUCAUGUGCUAAAGAGAAGGCUCUGCUGGACCUGAUAGAGAAGACGGGCUAUGAAAUGGUGCAGGAGAACGGACAGAGGAAGUUUGGAGGACCCCCACCAGGUUGGGAGGGUCCGCCCCCCCCGAGGGGCUGCGAGGUGUUUGUGGGGAAGAUUCCCAGAGACAUGUACGAGGACGAGCUGGUGCCCUUGUUUGACAAAGCCGGGAAGAUCUAUGAAUUCAGACUGAUGAUGGAGUUCAGUGGAGAGAACCGCGGCUACGCCUUCGUCAUGUACACCAACAGAGAAGCAGCUCAGAGAGCGAUCCAGAUGUUGGAUAACUACGAGAUCCGUCCUGGGAAGUACAUCGGAGUUUGUGUGAGCUUAGACAACUGUCGGCUCUUCAUCGGCUCCAUCCCUAAAGACAAGAGGAAGGAGGAGAUCAUGGAGGAGAUGAAGAAGGUGACAGACGGCGUGGUGGAUGUGAUCGUUUAUCCCAGCUCCGUCGACAAAAGCAGAAAUCGAGGCUUCGCCUUUGUAGAGUACGAGUCCCACAAAGCUGCAGCCAUGGCUCGAAGGAAACUCAUCCCAGGAACCUUACAGCUGUGGGGUCACUCCAUCCAGGUGGACUGGGCCGAGCCGGAGAAAGAUGUCGACGAGGAGGUCAUGCAGCGUGUCAGAGUCCUUUAUGUGCGUAAUCUGAUGCUCAGCACCACGGAGGAAACCCUGCACCAGGAGUUCUCCCGCUUCAAACCAGGCUCCGUGGAGAGGGUCAAGAAGCUCACCGACUACGCCUUCGUCCACUACCGCUGCCGCGACGACGCCCUGGACGCCCUGAGCCUCAUGAAAGGAGCCGUGAUCGACGGAGCCAGCGUGGACGUGACGCUCGCCAAACCACCCGGCCUCAAAGAUGGGAGCGCAGGAAGGAGGUGGUACAGCAGGGGGUACCUCGGGACCAACACGGGGGCAGGAGAAGGGGGCGGGGCUUACAUCCUGCACAGAGCAAAUGGGGCCAUGAUGGACAGGUGCGCUCCAAUCAGGAUGAUGCCUCUGCCGCAACGCCUGGGCAGCCCCCUCUGCGCAGGAGCUGGUGAUGAUGCCGACAGGUGCGUGUUCCCCCUCUUCCCCGGCACCCCCCUUUCCCCCACCAGCGUCCUGUCCCUCAAACAGAGUCAGAUCUGCUCAGCCGUCAGCCUGCUCGACAUUUACUGCCGUAAGAACUUUUGCUCGCCGCCUGAGUACCAGCUGUACUCCACACCUGGACAGGACGGGAGGCUGCUGCUGCUCUUUAAGGUGGUUAUCCCGCCCACACACAGCACCUACAUCCCAGACAAGCUGUGCGUGCUGCUGGAAGACGCCAAAGAGCUGGCUGCUCAGACAACGCUGUGUAACCUGGACUCCUCCUUCCUGAGCGGAGCGUCCCAGGACUCCCCCAACAGCCUCUCUCCUCCACUCCCUCCUCCGUCCACCAGUCCCGGGCUGCUCACCUGCGGCGGUAGAGCUUUUGCCUCCUGCCUUCCUCCUCCUCCACCUCCACCGCCAACCCCCUACCCCCUCUCCCCUCUCUCCCCCAUCCCCUCUAUGUCCACACUGAGCCCCCCCUCCUCCCAAACACAGAGGAUGUACUACAACUCCCCUCCACCCUUCUACUGA